AUGAGCGAAUGUGGAGUCGACAAGCCACUUAACGACUGGUUCCGCGACUAUCUAACCGGGCGCUCAUAUCGUGUCAGGGUUGGAGAUGCGCUCAGCGCGAUGACGGCGGUACGCUGCGGGGUACCGCAGGUCUCGGGGUGUGGUCCCGUGAGCUACCUAAUGCACGUUAACAGCCUGUGUGGUGCACUGCAGCACUGCACAGCGCACAUGUUCGCGGAUGACCUCUGCAUGCUGCUCGCCGGCGCUGACCUGGCGGAACUCCUAUCUUUGGUACAAUGUGAUGUGGACGCGGUCGUUAAGUGGUCGCUCGACAACGGAAUUCUAUUGAAUGCCUCUAAAACUAAAUAUAUGAUAAUACACUCUCCCUAUAUUGAUCUUUCCAAACAACCAUCAGCAUUGCCUAUAACAGCUCAUUCUUAUUCCUGUAUUCAUAACAAAAAUAUAUACUGUACUUGUGAACCCAUAGAUCGUGUAAAUUAUAUAACCUACCUUGGAGUUAUUGUAGACGAUCGUUUUUCCUGGACACAACAUGUCAAUUACAUAUGCAAUCUUAAGAAAGCUUUUGACACUGUUUCCAUCCCCAUCCUUGUACACAAGUUGGAAAAGAUUGGAAUUAGAGGCACACAACUCUCCAUUUUCAAGGACUAUCUCGCGGGCUGA